GACUGCGGACAUAGUACAGGAGAUGAGACAGAGACUGCAGACACAGUACAGGAGAUGACCAGAGACUGCAGACAUAGUACAGGAGAUGACCAGAGACUGCGGACACAGUACAGGAGAUGACCAGAGACUGCGGACACAGUACAGGAGAUGGUCAGAGACUGCGGACACAGUACAGGAGAGAUGACCGGGAGACUGCGGACACAGUACAGGAGAUGACCAGAGACUGCAGACAUAGUACAGGAGAGAUGACCGGAGAGACGGACACAGUACAGGAGAUGACCAGAGACUGCAGACAUAGUACAGGAGAUGACCGGAGACUGCGGACACAGUACAGGAGAUGACCAGAGACUGCGGACACAGUACAGGAGAUGACCAGAGACUGCAGACAUAGUACAGGAGAUGACCGGAGACUGCGGACACAGUACAGGAGAUGACCAGAGACUGCAGACAUGGUACAGGAGACGGUCAGAGACUGCAGACAUGGUACAGGAGAUGACCA